AUGGACCUCUCCGAGAAACGUGCGGCCAUCCCAAAUACGCUCAGAGGACAAUCCCUGCUGAUCCCCGACCUCGCUGCCCUAAUCUACCCAGAUUGGACAGUAGGGAGGCAUGAUCAUGAACGCGAACUCAAGGCUGAGAUCGAAGGCGACUUCCUCGUGCGCUAUGUCCCUAGUGCAAAGAAACAACAGCAACUGAAGAGAAGCAACGCCGCGAUGUUGGCCGGCUACUUCUGGUCUGGCAGUUCUGUGGAGCGAUUUCGACCCUUGGCUCAGUUUAUGUACUGGUUCUUCUGUUGGAAUGACGAAUUCGGCUGUAGUAAUCUACGAAACGACCGGGAAGGAACGGAGGCGUACGGUCAAGCCUCGAAGGGUUUUCUGCGGUGGUGUCUGGACCCCGACAACUAUCAUCAAACUCGUUUGGCUCGCCCUGCUAUCCAGGGGUAUCAUAACUGCGAUUCCUUUCAGGAGAUUGGAGAGGCGAUGCAAAUUGGGCAUAGCAGGGAUGCACUCAACCGGUUUGCCGAUUCCCUAUACAAAUAUAUUGACUCGGUGUGCAGUGUGCAGGAGACUCGCAGCAAAGAAGUCCCAACUUUGGACGAGUAUUUGCUUAACAGAAUACACCCCAUUGGUGCCUUCCCAUGUAUCAUGGCAAUGGAAUUUGCUUACGCCUUGACUAUUCCAGCUUGGGUUUAUAGUCAUGAAACAUCCAGGACUAUGUUUAGAGAGACUGCUGUAUCUUGUAUCAUUGUCAACGACGUCCUAUCGCUCAAGAACAAAGUCGCUGCAGACCGGUUCGACAAUGUAAUACCACUGAAGAUGCUGCAACUCGAUACAGAUAGUGCCCAGACCGCUCUGGAAGACGUGAUCAAAGAUCUCCAGAAGUCAAGGAGGACCUUCAGUAGAGCAGAAUACUUACUCCAGAUGAGCAGCGAAUUCAAGCAACUAAGCCAGGAGACUAAAGAUAAUGUCCAGGUUCUCAUCCAAGGAUGCAAGAACAUGAUGCUGGGAAAUAUCAAGUGGUCGCUUUCCAAUUCCCGGUACAUCCUGGAUAAAUAUCUCGAAGGCUCGGCGGCGAGGGUUACGCUUUAG